ACUCGGUGGCGCUGCGACGCCGGCAUGGGAGCCGCGCGCGCCCUCCGGCGCCCACACCUGUCUGAGCGCGCAGCGAGCCGCGGCCCGGGCGGGCUGCUCGGCGCGGAAUGGUGCUCAACAUGGCAGGGAUUCCAGGGCUUCUCUUCCUUUUCCUCCUCCUCCUCCUGCUCUGUAUGGUUGGGCAAGUGAGUCCCUACAGUGGCUCCUGGAAACCCACUUGGCCUGCUUACCAGCUUCCUGUCAUCUUGCCUCAGACUACCCUCAACUUAGCCAAGCCAGAAUUUGGGGCAGAAGCCAAGUUGGAGGUGUCCUCCUCAUGUGGACCCCAGUGUCACAAGGGAGCUCCAUCACCCACAUAUGAAGAGGUCAAGCAAUACCUGUCUUAUGAAACGCUUUAUGCCAAUGGCAGCCUCACAGAGACCCAGGUAGGCAUUUAUCUUCUCAGCAGUGGCAGAAGUGGGGCUCAACCCCGAGACACAGAGUCUGCGAGAAAGUCUCGGAGGAAGCGGCAGAUUUAUGGCUAUGACAGCAGAUUCAGCAUUUUUGGGAAGGACUUCCUACUCAACUAUCCUUUCUCAACAUCAGUGAAAUUAUCUACAGGCUGCACUGGCACGCUGGUGGCAGAGAAACACGUCCUUACAGCUGCCCACUGCAUACAUGAUGGGAAAACCUAUGUGAAAGGAACACAGAAACUCCGAGUGGGCUUCCUGAAGCCCAGGUAUAAAGAUGGUGGUCGAGGGACCAACAACUCGAGCUCAGCUACACCUGAAAAGAUGAAAUUUCAGUGGAUCCGAGUGAAACGCACCCAUGUGCCCAAGGGAUGGAUCAAAGGCAGUGCCAAUGACAUUGGCAUGGAUUAUGACUAUACUCUCCUAGAACUCAAAAAGCCCCACAAGAGAAAGUUCAUGAAGAUUGGAGUGAGCCCACCUGCUAAACAGCUGCCAGGAGGCAGAAUCCACUUCUCUGGUUAUGACAAUGACCGACCUGGCAAUUUGGUGUACCGCUUCUGUGAUGUCAAAGAUGAGACCUAUGACCUGCUCUACCAACAGUGCGAUGCCCAGCCUGGGGCCAGUGGAUCAGGGGUCUAUGUGAGGAUGUGGAAGAGACAGCAGCAGAAGUGGGAGCGAAAAAUUAUUGGCAUCUUCUCGGGGCACCAGUGGGUGGACAUGAAUGGUUCUCCACAGGAUUUCAAUGUGGCUGUUAGAAUCACUCCUCUCAAAUAUGCCCAGAUUUGUUACUGGAUAAAAGGAAACUAUGUGGAUUGCAGGGAGGGGUGACACGGUGUUUCUUCCUGGCAGCACUUAAUGGCCAUUAUGUACUCAUUGUAGAAGAUGCCAGCCUUAUCUUUGGCUCUCACGUGUGUGUGUGUGUGUGUGUGUGUGUGUGUGUGUGUGUGUGUGUGUGUUGUAUAAUGUGUCAUAUAAUAUCUUUUACCUAAUUUCUUAAAAUUGCAGAAUGACUGGCUUGUAUUGAAAACUAGUUUGUAUAUCAUAUCACAUUAGCAGUUUGAAAGCAUAUUUUUGCAUAGAAAUAAAAAAAUAUUGACACUUGGGGCAAUAGGGUAUAUUUGGUGAUUAAGUUAAGCCUUAACUUUUUUGAGAACUUUGAUUUUUAUUUCAUCUGCUGAACUUGUUUCAAAGGUUUAUAUUAAAUACAUGGCAUACAGGAGAUAUGUUUGUGUAUGUAUGUGUUUUCUUCUGAGAUUCGUAUCUUGGGUUUUUUUUUAGUGACUAGUUAUUAAUGCUUACAGAUGGUAGUAUUUCCACCACAUAGAAUAACUUUCACAACACUUCUUAGACAGGCAUUUAUAAUAGUUUGGACUUGGAGACAUUUGCAUGGUAGUCGUUGAAUAGUAAAAUAAUUUAUUGGCUGUAUUGAUGCACAUAUUAAAUUAUAUCUUACAGUAAGCCAAUACCCCAAGCUGCUUUAGUUUUGAAAAUAGUUUCUCUUCCAGAGACCGUUGCUCUACUUUGUGAGAGUCUGCAUAGGGAUCUGCCAACUUUGCAGUCAUACCAGAGUAGGCAAGGUCCUUUAUCCCAAUCCUUCCACUUAACAAGAUUUCAGUCCCAAUUUUAGAGCUAACUGUUUUUCAAAAGACAAUAAUCAGGGCCUAAUUAGAACAGACUGUAUUGCCUCCCAGCUAACAGUUGUGGUCACAAUAAAAACAAUCAUAGCAUUUUACCCCUGGAGUGUAGCACAUCUCAUGUUUUAUCAUUUGGAUGGAGUAAUUUAAAAUGAAUUAAAUUCCAGAGAACAAUGGAUGCAUUGGUCGGCAGAUGUCACAACAGAAUAACCACUUGUUUUGAGCUUGGCACAGUCACACAGCCUGAUCAAAAAUUAUUCUGCAUAGUUCUCAAUGUGCUUUGGAGUUGUGUACUUGUUCAGUUUAGAAACUUCUCUAU